AUGGUGCAGCCCAUCAACCUCACCUUCAGAUAUUUCCAAAACCUGUUGCCGUCGAUUCAGGAGUGGCUCUAUGAGCAAGUGAGCAUGCUGAUGGAGGGUUGUAUCAUGGGUUUUGAUGAGUCAAUGAACCUGGCAUUAGCUGAUGCAGAAGAGAUUCAUUCUAAAAUAAAGUCAAGAAAACAACUGGGUUGGAUCAUGCUAAGAGGAGAUACUAUUACCUUGCUAUAA